AUGACUGCGGACGACGCCGCCUCUCCAGCCGCACGGCCGCUAGCCGAGGUCGCUCUCUAUGCUGAGUUCGACCUGACCAAGGGAAGCACACUGCGCGCCAGCUACCCAAGUCCGUUCGCGCACUACUCUCCUGAGUUCUUCGCUGAUAUCAUGCUGCCUGAGGGAGUGCACAACCGCGAGGAAGACUUUACAAUUUUCUUCCUCAACCGCCAGAACGCGCACAAGUCUAUCAAUACUGAUGAAAAGGAUUCCAAUGAGAGUCAAACACGAACAGCAGACGAGAUCCAGGAUCCGUUGCAGAGCUUCAUGUACUGCCUUAGUGUGGUGCGCACCACCCACGAUACGGCGGCUCGUCGUGGCGCUAAAGUGACGGCUGUGGCAUUGUGUUCGACCCACAAAAGCUGCUUCGCUUUAAAAGACGUGCUCAAUCUGGCAGUGCUCAAAAUUGUGGGCUCCAAGAGCGAAGAGGAGAGUGGGAACGUGCUAAAAGAGCUGUUCGCUGUGGCUAAUGCUGUCGACAUCUCGGGGGUCCGAGGCUUGUCCAAUAUGGAGCGGCGACUCAUGAAGCGCACUAUAAGCAGUACUGGACGAGCUGCUGCUAAUAGGGAAGAUGCCCAGACGCUGGAGAAGGCGCUGUUUUUCAGAACGCAAGCAAUGUGGGAAGAUAUCCCGAUCCCGCUGCAGUUCAAGAUCUGCAGUACCGAUGACCAGCAUGAUGAUGGAACACUGACACAGCUACUACAGACUUUCGGAGACCAGACAAUGGUGCUGUUUAACGCCGUGCUAACGGGACAACGCGUGAUCAUGCUGGGAUAUAACCGGCCAGCGGGGGAAGUGUGCAAUUUUGUGCUUGCAACGAGCUCGCUGGUGUGUCCACCACUGUUUGGGCUAAUUCACCGCCAGUAUCCAUACGCGAACCUCACGGACUUGGGAUUUCUGUCGACGCCAGGAUACAUUGCCGGUGUGACAAACCCGAUGUUCAAGACGAAGCGAGAGUGGUGGGAUGUGUUGUGUGAUAUCUCUACAGGUGAAGUCUUUGUGUCGGCGCCAGUGGAAAAAGAGGACCAUGAUGUUUCGGAUCGCAGCUUUGUGUUAGAUGGAGUGGCAGCGGGAUAUGAUGAGGAGUGGGUGCGAUGCAUUUUUGAGGAAUACAUGCUGAAGAACGUCGUGGACAUUGCGCUGGGUGAGGCCAAUUACCUCAGUCCUGACGCUCUGGCGAAGCGCUCGGCAGUCAACAACAAGCGGAUCACCAAGUGGGCUCGUACUGACAGCUACAAGCGCUUCAUGGACUCUCCGCACCGGAUGCACUUCCACUCGCCGGCGUUCAAUAUAUCCUCCUCACAGAUCUCUUGCCUGUGCUUGCUCUCGUAG